UUUUUUGGUUCUUUUUUUUCGGAGCUGGGGACUGAACCCAGGGCCUUGCGCUUCCUAGGUAAGUGCUCUACCACUGAGCUAAAUCCCCAGCCCCGGCUGUUUUGUUUUUAAUACUACUAGAGAUCAAACCCCCCCAAAAAAAAGAAAGGAAGGAAGGAAGGAAGGGAGGGAGGGAGGGAAGGAGGGAGGGAGGACGGAAGGAAGGAAGGAAGGAAGGAAGGAAGGAAGGAAGGAAGGAAGGAAGGAAGAAAGGAAGGACAGCAUGAUCCAGGCCUGGUGGUGCAUGCCUUUAACUCCAGCACUUAGGAGGCAAAGACAGGUAGAUCUGUGAGUUCAGGACCAGCUUAAUCUUCUUAGUGAGUUCCAGGUCAGUGGGGACUAUAAAGAGACUUUGUCAAGAAAAGAGAGCUAGGGGCAGGCAGGCAGGCAGACAGGCAUGUGGAUACUGCUCUCUGGUGACCUUCAAAGGCUGACAAGGUUGCCCUUGUAGUAGCUAACUUGUGUCCUGACACUUAAAAAAUUCAUUUGCGGUACGGCUACGCGACUUUCCAUCCCACAAUCCCUCGCGCCCUUCCUUUCCAACUUGGGCCCGGCAGAAUGGCUCCCGCAAAGAAGGGUGGCGAGAAGAAGGGCCGUUCUGCCAUCAACGAGGUGGUGACCCGAGAAUACACCAUCAACAUUCACAAACGCAUCCAUGGAGUGGGCUUCAAGAAGCGUGCUCCUCGGGCACUCAAAGAAAUUCGGAAAUUUGCCAUGAAGGAGAUGGGAACUCCAGAUGUGCGCAUAGACACCAGGCUCAAUAAAGCCGUCUGGGCCAAAGGAAUAAGGAAUGUUCCGUACUGCAUCCGAGUACAUUUGUCCAGAAAGCGUAAUGAGGAUGAGGAUUCACCAAACAAGCUCUACACACUGGUAACUUACGUGCCUGUUACCACAUUCAAAAAUCUACAGACAGUCAAUGUGGAUGAGAACUAACUGCUGAAUGUCAAAUAAAGUUACAGAAUUGCCUCCCCAAAAAAAAAAAAAAAAAUUCAUUUGCCCAGUACUUCAGAUUGUGACUAUAUUUGGAGACAAAAUCUUUAAAGACAUAACUAAGGUUAGAUGAGGUCCUGUGGGUGGGUCCUUAUCCAAUAACACUAAUAUGUUUAUAAAAGGAAAUUAGGGUUAAGACACAGCAAGAGCAAGGGCCACAAGAAGACUGAGGGACAUGAUGCCAUCUCUUAGGAGAGGGGCCC